CUGACAUCCUUGGAGCAGAGCAGGAGAGACUUGACAUGUCAACAAAACAGAUACAUUAUCGGCACACAGGCAUGUAAGGGUGUGCCAGUGGUAUGAAAUAGCCUGACAGGUAACUUCACCUGCACCUGAACCUCCAUCCUCCAUCUAUCAUCUUCACCUACUGUCUCCAUGACAACCCCUCCUCUGGUGCCGCCUUUUGGCGGGCAGCCGUCUUCCCAACAGCAGCAACAGCAGCAGGCGCAGGCGGCACGCGAUGUCAACACGGCCUCGCUGUGCCGCAUCGGCCAGGAGACGGUCCAAGACAUUGUCCUCAGGACCAUGGAGAUCUUCCAACUCCUCAGGAACAUGCAGCUGCCUAAUGGAGUCACUUACCAUCCGAACACUCACCAGGACCGGCUGGGAAAACUCCAGGAGCACCUACGAAUGCUUUCCGUGCUGUUCCGCAAGCUGCGCCUCGUCUACGACAAAUGCAAUGAAAACUGUGCUGGGCUGGACCCUAUAUUACCAGAGCAACUGAUACCUUUUGUGGAGGAUGACAGCUCCAAACACGAGGAUCGCUCAGCCGGCCAGAGCCGCCCUGCCUCCGAGGAGAGGAGAGAAAUCCUGGAGGUCAACAAGAAACUGAAGCAGAAGAAUCAACAGCUGAAACAGAUCAUGGACCAACUCCGCAACCUCAUCUGGGAGAUCAACUCCAUGCUGGCCGUCAGGAGCUGAACCACAGUCACUCAAACAUACAUAUAAAACACACACAUACACAUAAACACACACACAUAAACACAUACACACACACACACACACAUUCACUACACAUAAUGGACAGGAAGGUAUGGUCGUUAACUGGAACGUGUGUGACAGGGUACCUCAGACUGUUUUGAGGCUGCACUUUACAGAAGAAAUGGGGGCUUUGGCAAUAUCAACUCAUUUCCUGAAGAAGAAGAAAGAUGAAGAUUAUGAUGUAGUGAAACGACAGAAGAAGAAAAAAAAAAAAGGAGAGGCGACAAAUGAAGAUAGCAAGGGCUCGACACCGCAGAGAGGUGAGCAGACAGCCCAAAUGAAGAGGGGUGCCGGUGACAUCAUUGCGGGCGAUGGCAGAGAAUAAGUCUGUCUACCUCGAUAAUCUACAUUUCAAUCAGCAUUAAGACUUUUUAAAUUCAUCCGAAAAAUUGAUAUAUUGUUUUAUCUAUUUGUAGGUACUAGCUCAAGUUUAGGGUUUAUGCCUGUAGAGACUCAUCGAUAUAUAUUCUAUUUAAUCCUCAUAUUCUGUACAUCUGUUACUAUUUCAUAGUAUUAGAGUUGUCUGAAGUCCAAAAUGUAUGGUUCCUCUGAACUUUAAUAAGAAAGACAUACACUGUGGCCAAAUCCUGAGUCUUAUUUCUAUUAUAUUGCUUCUGCUUUUUAUUGUUUUUUUUCAAAAAUGUAAAUCAAUCAAUACUCUCUGCUCUGAUUGGACUUGACAUGUCAUUACGAUGCCUUGUUAAAGAUUCUGCUGAUCUACAGUAUAAAUCUUACUGUGAUUUCUUAAAAAACAAAAACGU